AUGUUUUAUCUAUUAGCACUCGGACAACCAGCUCAAAAGGAUUCUCAACCCGCUCCAGCUGCAACUAACCCCUUAAUUGGAGUCAAGCGCCGAAAUGUUUCAAACCCUACCACCAAUCCCAUUGCUGUAGUUACUGUCAAACCUGCCCCAAAGCGACCCCGUCCAGCAGCUAGUGCUAGUACAUUGUCUAAUGUGAUUGUAGACCUCAUCUCUUCUGAUGAUGAGGUCGUGUUUGUUAGCAGUAAUACUAGUCAAAAAUCUAGUCUCAAUUCAACAAAACCAAAAAUUGCCAAACAACGCGAUGUCAUUUUGCUAUGCCCUCUAUCAACCCCAAACAAGCCUUGCAUACGUUGUAAAGUUGUACAGAUCUUGAAGGGGAAGCUUUUCAGCUGUCACUGCGGUGCAGCUCCAGUUACACUUUGCCGCGGACAAGUUGAAGGUGCACGAGCCCACUGGAGCAGUGGGGCGUGUAAGGAUGCCACAUCUGGACUAAGAGGCAACCAGAUGUUGACCUCAUACUUCAAAAAAUACCCGGCUCUUCAACCUGACAACAAGAAUCUAGUCGAUACUGUUUGCCCAGGUCUUACAGAUGCAACCUGGGUUAGAAAACAAGCUACUGGCACAAUCUUGAAUUUUCUGGACAACACCUACUCUAUCUAUUGA